UACGGUGUGGAAAGUAGCACAGAGGUGUAUUCUGUACUGUCAUCGGAAAUCUACCCAUAAAACUAAGAAAUCACACUUGGACACCUGAAGAGAAAAGAUCGACACGAUAGACUGUUGGCACAGUUUCAACAACCUGCAUGAGUUGGAAAAUGAUUCCCGCCUGCCAUCUUUUCCUGCAUGGUUGUGCACAAUGAAAACUUGCCAUAGACCAUUUCACCUCCUGAUAAGGCUGGUUUACAUCACAUUAGUGUCAGUUCUUGAGGCACAACGUAUCAAAGUGUUGCCUGAAGUGACUGGAUACCUUGGAGAAGAUGUCACCCUGCCUUGCAACUUCAUCCAAGGACAAACUCUCGACAAUAUUACUCAGGUUCAGUGGAAUGUCCUGUCACCAGGAAACAGAACCACCCUCAUAGUUUUCAACAGUGCAUAUGGACUGGAUAUUCAUGAAUCUCCUCUGAAAGGGAGACUGGAGAUCGAAGGGGAAUCACUGAUAAUUAAGAGUGUAGAAAAGACAGAUGCAGGGUCGUACGUCUGCUCCAUUUCAGCCUUUCCCAGUGGAUCACAUGAAGGAACCACCAAACUUAUUGUUCAAGAGAAGAUGCAGUCAGCAGCAGGGAUAGUUCCUGCUGUGGUGGUUGUUGUUGUGCUGCUGUUCGUGAUCAUGGCGGCCAUAGCUUACCUCAUGUACAUCAGGAGACGUAACUCAUUGGUCAGGCAUCGUGUCUUCAUAGAUACAACUGGUCCAGAGAGAGACGUGGCCAGACCAUCUGUUAUAAUAAGAGAGGAGGAUGUGGUCUACUCUGACGUCAAGCUCAAACCAUCCAAAGAAGCUUCUCCUGCAUCCAGGAGCAAAGACAGAGACACUGAGCAUGCGGAUGAUGUCACGUACUCCGAGGUUGUAGUAUCACGUCAACUGCCCAAAUGAGACACACUGUACAUGGAAGCGAUCGUAAAUGUAGUCCUCGUGCUCAGAAGUCUCUCAGCAGAUCCCAUUCACUGUAAUCAUGGUAUCAUUUAUUGAACAUCUCAGAUCCUAAUCACCUGCUUCUAAAAUAAAACCGCUGUAGCUUCUUCAGUGUUUGGAUAUAACGGCAGUGACAUUUGGGUCUUGUGGUGUUGCAAGAUUAAAAAAAAAUAGUCACCAUGGCUGUACAUUCUAGUCAUUAAGAUUUCAAUAAAGACUCAAAAGUCAGUGCUAGAGAAAAACUAAAAAAUCUGCAAAUCACUCAGUAAAUUUGUACCUGUACCUCCUAGUUCCUUUUAUAAUUAUAAUUUAUGAAAAUUUUGUGCAACCUGCAAAGACAGACUUGCAGGGUUCACAUGGCCUUGCAGGUUUUGAGUGUGGCCAUAACAGUUAGUUUGCUUGGAAGAAAGAUGCUGUUCCUCACAAUACAUUGAUUAUGACAUUGGUUACACAAAGUUCCAGUUGUUGCUUUGUUAAACGUAAAAGAGGAAGGUGGAAAGCAAGAUAAACAUAGAGAGUUGUACAACUAAUGCAGAAAUAACUUUGGAGUGCAAAAAACACUAUGACUGUUUAAUACUGGCUUGAGGUGAAGUGACAAAAAGUGCCUCUAAUUGUGAAUUCUUCCGGGAAACUUUCCACGGCAGCUUCAAACCAAAAACAAGAAUUGUAUGUCAGUGUACUGCAUAGUGCCGUGGGUUGUCCAAUUCUACACUUAUACUUAUAUUUGGAGUCUCUUAACCUGACCCAGUAAUGUGUCUGCUGGGCCUGUUUAUGCACAAUAUUGCUAUAUGUUCAUGCCACACUGCAGUCUGCAUGUUUUGCAGUCUGAGGCUGCUUUAAGAAAAAAAACACAGAGGUGACAAAAUAUGGUUUGCAUAGUUGCUGUAAUGGUGAACAUUACUAACAGUCACUGCCAACUGCUGGUUUUCAGCCAGCAUUUCCUGAAAGUGUGAUUUUGUGGGUGUGAAAUGUUAAACCUGAGGCUCACACACUUGUGAUAUGUCUACUAGACUUACACUGUGAGAGAUAAGUGAGUUUGUUGCUGUUUAAAAAAAAUCAGUCAGGGGCUUGUAUUUAUUUAUUUGAUUUUUUUAUUAUUUUUCAAUUAUUCUGUCAGCAAGUAAGUACGAAAUUUGUUUAUGUAACAGCAAUACUAUAUACUUAGAUUGGAAUUAAGUCCUUUUGACAGAAAUGCCAGCACGCAGUCCUGCAAACUGUCUACGUUUGCUUAAUCUAUUGUAGCUUAAUAAAACUUUGCAUUUUUACAGAUCUUAACCAAUUCUUUGGUUUCUGAAUUCUCUUAUGAAGAGUUGUGUCAAGACAGGAAACAGAUGAGAAAGAUAAGACACUGCAGUGUGAAGAGAGUGCAUUUUGAAAGACUCCAUAUCUGAUCAGUAAGACGUGAAUAGAAACAAUGGAACAUUUUCAAACUCUAGAUGCAUCAUUGCCGUACUGCUGAGAAUGAGCCACUGGGACAAACAUUCAUGACCUACGUUUGUUAAGAUAACAACAUGAGGCUGAUGGGCGGAGGGAUGAGCAAAAUUUCACAGUUAUACUCCCUUAUUUGUAGUCAUGUUGCAUGUGGCAUUUUGCGCUUCUUUUGCUUCUCUUUGUGACUGUUUGUGGUCUCUCUAGUUAAUUAAACCAGAUGUGCUGACGGUCGUUUAAUAGUGAGGUUCCUGCCCUUACAGUAAGCUAGCUAAUCUGAUCUUACUCAGGUAGGCCGAGAACCAGUGGACAGGCAGUUACAUGAUCAGCGGCAGUAGUUUUUAAAGUGGCAGCCUCAAAGAGUUUUAUUUAGAUGCAUCACUGUUUAUCAAAUGAGGACAAACGUAUGAUAAAAUAAUUAAUAAUUAAUUGUUCAGAGCUGAAAAUAUUAUCACCAAAUGAUCCUUUUAAAUGCUGGUUAGAUUAGUAUAUAUUCUGUUGUCCACGUCAGGAAAACAUCAGGUGGUGGAUGAGUUUCCAAGGGGAAUAGAAAUAUGGAGGUUUUAUGAAAAAAUGUAGAAAUCAAUGUGGGCAGUGGCAUUAGAAACAUGGACUCCUGCUGUUUGUAACAUUUCUGUCAGGUUCAGCGCCCCGCAGCAGAUAGAAACAUUUUAUUGCAUCAUUUUGUUUAGUGCCCCUGUGAACAGCUAAGUUUAGAUCACAGAAUCUGAACAAUUUCUACACAUUCCUACACAGUUUGUGACUCAGGAAAGCAUGGUUCACAAACACACCUGCAUUACUACUCAUAGCCAUAGGUGGUGCCAAAGAGACCAAGAUGACCUCUUUAAAUGUUUUAUUGUUUCUUAUUUGUUGCUUUGGUGGUGAAUUGCGGGGUAAGAAAAGUACACAUGAAAGAUGCAUUAUUAAUAAUCUGAAGCCUUGUGAUCAUUGAAAUUUUUUAAUCUUUCUUUCUGUGUAUCUGAUUUUGACAUAAUUCAAAACUGUGGUAGAAGAUAUAAUGUUAUUUUUGCUGUUACAAGUUUUAAGUUACAAGAAUUUAAUGUGCACCACUAAUAGGUGAAAUUAAUUCAUGUUUAAUUUAUCACUAUUGUUGUAUUUAGCUGAUGUAAACAUUUUCUAAAAUGCACAGCAACAGUAUAUAGUUGUUGAUUUACACUGCAAGGUUUACCCAAGCUGUGAAAUAAACCUUAUAUAAGCCAUACUUGCA